AUGGUGGAUGAAAAGGUCAACAAGCCUGGAGUGCAUUGGAAGGCUUUGUUGGCUCUGAUAUUUCUGGCGGUGGCAUGUGCGCUUCAGGGCUGUGAGGACUUCUACCGACAAACGUGCGUCUGGCACAGCGAUCUCAACAUCAAGGGAUGUAGCUACUACGGCUUUCGCGGGUGUAUCCAGCACUGCACCUACUGCCUCACUCCAAACGGUCCCGAUGAGUGUGCGCAGAUGAAGUGCGCUGCAUACUGCGCCGGACGGGAAAAUGCCGACUGCAUGAGGAACUAUGCUGCUUUGUGCAACAUUGCUCUUGAGGAGGGCUUCAAGGCCAAUACCUCGACUGGUUCGACAUACUACACUUGCGAUGUGCAGUGCAGUAGCGCCAGAGCUGCAAGUGUGGCACUCCCGCUUGCUUUGACCCUGGCAGCCAGUGGCAUACCGAAGAGGUUCUUGGUUCUGGGAGGAGUGUUGGCCUGGAUGACUUCCCUUCAGGGUUGCGGCUGCAGCCCCCCGUCUCCUCAGCUUUCCUGGCGACCGGAUAGCGCCGUCUUCGAUGAGAGGACUCGGCGUGUGGUGGACGGCAUUUGGAUGGGCAACCCCUCGUGGGUCUGGUGGCCUGAGCUGGAGUCUGAGGACUACCAGUGCGUGGACAUGCACCCGACCCUUGACAUCUGUGCUUCCUGGACGUCCCAUGAAUGGAACUGCGGGGAGCACGACUUUGGCAUGUGUAAGUGCUUCCAACUUGAUGCGAACAACCGGUACUGUGAGAAGUGGAGUUGCCACAGCCUGGAAGCUGAUCAGGAAAUUUGUCACCACACACACAGCGAAAAUGGUGAGGACGGUGUGCAGUGUUACUACAAUGCUUUUCCCAUGAACUAUGACGUGUACAAUCAGAUUAUGGAACAGCAAGCGGGUGGCUGGCUCACGACUGGGGAGAAUGCAAUGCAUCAUUGGUGGCGGCCCACCAGCCUGUGGAGGGCGGACAUUGGGCGGAGACUCGGUGAGGAAGAGCUGCUUCACAAGCCAGAGGAGGAGAUUCUAAGUGACUACGUGGGUUAUCUGCGCCAGCACAAUGCAAGUGAGGUGGAGCGCUUGGAGAAGCUGGGUGUCAUCACGGACCCUCGGAGGCUUGCGGGCACGAUUGACUGGCCUCCUCUCUAUGCGUACAGCCCAGCGGCAAGACACCUGUACUUCCGAUGGGGUGAUGUCUGCAUUGUGAACGGCGACAAUGUGGUGCUGGCGAAGAGGUAUUGCAAUUAUUGGCGGGAGAUCGAAACUGAGAUUCAGAUCUGCGAGUGCAGAGCUGAGGACGUGGACGGAAGGUCGUGUGCUCGAUGGACUUGUGAGGAUCGCGAUGUGGGCCUCUUCAGCGUCCUCUUUCGCACUACGCAGUCGAUUGAUCAGUACACGGAGGGCGUGGAGUUUGAAAGCUACACCUGCACCAGGACAAAUGUCGACGGCGAGUGCGUGUCGUGGCAAGGGGACAUCUCUUCUCUUGAGGAGGUGGAGUGGACCAGCUGCCAAGCGGUCGAUGCCUCGACGCACAGGCUGGGCGCUGUCUGGGUCUGCGAUGAGUGGGAGCUGCCCAAGACGCGAGACCUCUUCUACGAGAGCAACAUCGGCAUCCUCUGCACCUUCAUCUUCAUUGAGCUCUUCGUUGUCUGUUGCCUUGCAAGGAGCGUCGACGAGGAUGGCGAUGCCCUCUUCCUCACAGCGUGCCUCUCUUGGUCAAUUGGCUUGUGUCUGCUGCCGUUCUUGGUCCUCACAUUGGGCUUCUACGGCUUUCUGUUCGCAGGUGGUGUUUUCUGGCUUGGCCGAUUCUGUUGCUGCGGUGUGCUGUGUAUGAUGAAUCUAAAGCUUCCGGAAUCCGUUCGUGCAGAGCGGCCAAGCAACCGCGUUCGCAUGCAACGCGGUGCUUCUAAAAUCCUGGGAAGACAAACCUCGUCUAUCAUGCCGUCGACAAAGACAGCAGAGGCGACGAACGAGACGAACGAAACCAACCAGAACAAUGACACCAAUCAGAACAAUCAGACUGGCGGAGAAGGCACUGCUUCGUGA